AUGCCACGCGAAGCGAUUACGUUCGGCAAAUUUCGCAACGUCGUCGCGACACACGGGGCCUCUGGUGCCGAAGACGUCUGCAAGGAGUUUGGCCGUAAUGACGAAGAGCUUCUUGACAUUCGAGAUCUCCGCCAAUCACACCGCAGUGACGAUCAUGCGGCCAUCCGUCGCCGCCCUACGACUAACGCUACUGGUCGGAACGACAGCUCUCGCUCCAGAACCCCGGAUCCACAGGAUGUCCUCGCUGCGUUAUCUGUUCAAGGCACGAAGUCCCUGUCUAUGCUGUCAAUCUCGGCCAUGGGGUGCUCAGGCAACGGGAAGGGUGGCUGCUUCGAUAAUAGGAGAGAGCAUUUUCGACCAGCCGAGCUGCCCGACAUUGUAAAGGAAUACAUCGUGAAACACUACAACGGCCUCCUGCAGCCAGGCGAGGAGUCAUGA